CUCCAUAAUAAUCAGUAGGGACAUCUAAAGAUUUUAUCAUAUAAAUUUUUUUUUUAGUGCUAAUGGUAAUCGUAUUUUUUUUUUAGCGAGAACUACUCGAGAUUUUCCACUAGUACGCUAUUUUUCACGGUAGUGAAGUAUACUGAUACCUCCGAAAUUUACUGCUAUAACUAUUCAGUACACACAGUGAUACUCUCAAUGAUUAUCGAUAAGGAUUAUGGAACUUCAUUGAGUAACGCUGGACCUAAUAAUUCUCCUUCUACUCCUCGGAAAUCCCGUAGUAAUGAGGAACUGUCCAUACUAUCGCGUAAGGUAAUAGAUCUAUCACCUCAGAAAUCUCCAGGAAAGAGGGGAAUUAUAAAGUUAAACAGUAUAGAUAAUAAUAGUAAUUUAAUAUUAUCACCUGUUAAAACUCCCAAUGGUAGAGCUGGACUAAUAUCUCCUCAGAAGAGAUCAAUGGAUGCGUUAAAUCGAUCAGCAAGAAAGAAAGCUGUGUAUGCUCGAUUAAUGGAUGAAGUUAACGAAAGUGAUGAUGAACCUAAUAAUGCACUUGUUAGACAAGAAAUGGCUCUUGCUGAUAUUAUCAUUAAUAAAAGUCGAAAUAUAACCGAAGAUUCCAGAGGUUAUGGUAGUGAUGUUGAAUUUGAAGAAGAUUUAACGUUAAAUACUCCGAAAACAAGAACAAGAACAAGAACAAGACAAAGACGUAUCAGCUAUAAAGGGUUAGACGAUGAUUUGGAUAGUGAGGAUAGCGACGACAAGUUGUCAGAUCCUGUUGAGGGUGCUGAUAUUUCUUCCAAUGACGAAUCCUUAGCGAAGUCUAAUGGUGAAGAAGAUGAAGAGGAAGAGGUAGAAGAAGAAGAAGAGGAUGACGAUGACGAUGAAGACGUAUUCGAGGCUAAAAAAGCACGUAGAAGAAGAGGUAGUCCUCAACCCAGAAUUAGAAAAACUUCUAAUACUCCUGUAAGUACAAGGAAACGUAAGCUAGAUUCAGGGGUCGAUAGCAAUAACUCCAGUCCUACAAAAGCAAAAGUAGGUAGACCCACAAAAUCUGAUGGUGUUAUUAAGAAGAUCAAAAGUAUAUUUCAACAAGAUGAUGAACUAAUUUUCAAUGAUAAUGCUGAUUCUGUGAAGUCUUCACCAGCUGGACUGCCAAUUAAGACUAAUUCAAGAGACUUUUCCAAUAUAAGUGAUGGACCAAUAACGAUUCCGGUAAUCACAGGUAUAGAAAAGAUAGUAGAAACAGAAUCUAAAGAAAAGCUUGAAUUUGAACCACUACCAAUCCCCACCACAGAUUCUUCAGGAAAAAUUAUAGAUAAAGUUUUCUUGAAUAAAUAUUUCUCAGGAAAGAAAUUCGAAGAAAUCACAAAGGGUAGAUUUUUAGAUGAAAAGGCAUUCUUUUUAGAAGGAUCCGAGGGGUAUUUUGAGCAACAUAGUGGUAGAACUAUAUUAAGUAAUUCAUCACUUUCUCAAUUGGCACCUCAUAUAGAUUAUUCACAAUUCAUUCCAUUAAUUGAUUUAUGUGGAAAAGUUGCCAAACAAGAAAAGGCAUUAUUAGAGAGACUUCAUAAGCUUUUAUAUCAUCAAUGGUGCUUUGAAUUAAGCCAAGGAUUUAAUAUCUUGUUUUAUGGAGUUGGAUCUAAGAUUACAUUAAUUAAUGACUUUGUUCAAAAUUAUUUUGGUAAUUGGUAUAGUGAAUGUUUUGAAUCUGAAAUACCUACUGUAUUUGUUAUAAAUGGAUUUAAUCCAUCAUUAAGUUUUAAAGCAGCUGUUCAUAAAAUUGUAUCAAUUUUUACUGAUGAUGAAUCUUCAAUGCAUUCAAAAAUUCCUAAACAUGUAUCGGAAACUGUACCAUUUCUUAUCAAUUAUUUAUCUGAGAAAAGAUCCAAAAUUUCGUCUUCCUCUUCUAUUAAGCCAAAGUUAAUAUUGGUUAUACAUAAUAUAGAUGGUAAGGCAUUUAGAGAUGAAAAAACUCAAAAUUUAUUAUCACAGUUAUGUGCUGUACCAGAAAUAUGGACCAUAACUUCAGUAGAUAAUAUAAAUUCUCCACUUUUAUGGGAUCUGUUUAAGCUUAAGAAUUAUAAUUUUAUUUGGCAUGAUUUAACAACUUAUGCUUCAUACCUGAUUGAAUCAUCAUUUGGUGAUGUUUUAAGCAUGGGAAGAACUAAGAAAUUAUCGGGUGAUUCUGGUACUAAAUAUGUAUUAAGCUCAUUAACUUCUAAUCAUAGAAACUUAUACAGAAUAUUAUUAGAAAAACAAAUUGAAAUCUUAGAUGGUACGGCAGCUACAGAUGCUACAAGAAAUGGUCUCAAGGGUAAUACCCGUCUUGGAGUUGAUAUGAAACAACUUUAUGAAGAUUGUGUAGAACAGUUCAUUACAUCUGAUGAGAUCAACUUUAGAACGUUACUCGGAGAGUACGUUGAACAUAAAAUGUGUAAGCUAGUAAAGGAUGAAGCUGGGGUGGAGAUUGUAUUUGUCCCAUUCCGUUAUGAUGAAAUGCAAAAGAUAAGAAACGAUCAAUUUGCAGCUAAAUAAUGUUAAGAAUAUUCAUAUGAGCAUUCGUGUUUAUAUGCACUAUCUUAAUUGUACCAAUAUAAUUUAUUUUAGUUAUGUAAUGUAAAUACACAGAUGGAGUGAAAACUUAAAAGUUAAAUCGAGCGCUACCAUAUCGUUAAGUUAAUC